ACACACAAAUUUAAAACAAUGAGGCCAAUUUUCAAAACCAUCUUCUCUAUCAUAGCCCUAACCCUAACCCUAACCCUAGUCCUAACCCUAACCCUAAUCCCGACGACAACCACCACCACCGCCGCCGCCACCACCACUCCACCGGAAAACCCUCCUCCGGCCAAGGUGCCAUCCCCACGGCAGGCGAGUCGCUUUCUCCAACAAAAUGGCCACGCAAGAAACCCUAAUGCGGCCGACCAUUGCCACAAGGACGACCGGAUUUGCGGGGUAGUGUUGAGCGACAGCAAGAACGCGACGUGCUGCAACAAUAAGUGUGUCGAUUUGGCGUAUGACAAUGACAAUUGUGGGGCGUGUAAGAAAAAAUGCGAGGUCACGGAAACUUGUUGUCGAGGGCAAUGUGUCACCCUCGCCUUCGACAAGAGACAUUGUGGUUCGUGCAAUAACCGGUGCAUGCCCGGGGGCUAUUGUAUAUACGGAUUAUGCGACUACGCGUAAGGGCAUCGUCAAAAUAUCGACAUUUUUUUUAAUUAAUUAAUAUUUAUAUUAUAAAUUGUUCGAUAAAUAUUGAUUAAUCGUACAUAGUAAAAAAAAAAAUAAGUUCAAUAUGUAUACAUACGUAUAAAUAUAUACAUACAUGUAUUUAUACACACACUAUUGUGUGUGUGUGAGAGAGAGAAAGGAUUUCUUUUGGUGGAAAAGAUUGGGAAUUUGAUUGGAAAUUCUUGGUUUAUUAAAUUGAGGGUUUCUUUUUCUUUUUCUUUUUCUAUUUCUAUUUUACUUAAUAAUUAUAAUGUGUUA